AUGAGCUCCUCCGCCCCUGCCGCAACACCGGAGGUGCAACCCCGCUUCCAACAGCUCUUCACUGAGCUAGAAGCCCACUUCAAGAAAACCAGCCUUGGCAAUGACAAGUGGUAUAUUCUUGCCACGUCCACUCUGGCCGCUAGCCCAGAUCCCGAGCGCGCAGACCAGCUCUACUUGCACCUCAUCUCUCAACCCGAGUACGCGACCUCGCAAGCUCGACAGGCACUAGUGCGGCGUCUGCGUGAGGCACUUAUCAAGUCCGUCCCCAUUGUCGGUGUCUGUAAGCCUAUCGAGGCUAUUCUGUCAAUUGGCAAGAUUGAGCGCGACGAAGAUAAGGACUACACCUUUACGCGUGAGAACUGGAAGUGCGAUGAGGCGAACCACGAGCGCGGCGCAGAGUGGAUGCAGAAGCUGUAUGCUCGUAAUACGGGCGGGACUUUGAAUCUGUUUGCCGCUCACCAGGAUUUUAAGUGGUUAUCGGAGGAGAUUACCUACGGGCUGUAUCUUUCGGAUCGCCAGAUUCUGGAUGAUGUUGAUACGCAACUAGUUGUGUUGCCUGGGAUUAUGAGCCAGAACUUGCCGAAUGAGACCCAUUGGCAUAUUCGCGGGACAAGACGAUUGGGAUUGCCUAAGGAAGAAGUUCAGGUUAUUUGGGAUUGCGUUCAACUUGUGGCCAAGUUCUUUGAUGUGAAGCUGAACAAGGUGCCUACUGUUGAGUCAGUGGAGUAUGAUGUUUAA